UUCCGGGUGACGAAAGAUCGCUUCCGGUUUGGAAUCUCCCGUGAAGUCCCUGUCGCGGGGCGGGGCGGAGGGAGCCGGGUCGGGCUGGGCUUGGCUUCCUUGCCCGGCGCGGAGGGGAGCUAGUCCGCUGGGGCGAGGGAGCACCAUGAGCGGGUUGCAGAAUCAUGUUGCCAAAAGACAGUUUCUUCUGGAGAGAUUACUGGAUGCGGUUAAACAGUGCCAGAUCAGAUUUGGAGGAAGAAAAGAGAUUGCUUCCGAUUUGGACAGCAGAGUUACGUGCCUUUGUGCUCAGUUUGAAUCUGUGCUUCAGCAUGGUUUGAAGAGGACCCGGGGACUAGCAUUAACGGCGGCAGCAAUCAAGCAGGCAGCCGGCUUCUCCAACAAAACGGAAACGGAGCCUGUGUUCUGGUAUUACGUGAAAGAAGUUCUUAAUAAACAUGAACUGCAACGCUUCUACUCGCUGAAGAACAUCACGACGGAUGUUGGCCGGAGUCGUGCCUGGCUGCGCUGUGCGCUGAAUGAGCAUUCCUUAGAAAGAUACUUCCACAUGUUGCUUGCGGACAAGACGCGGCUUAGUGUCUUCUAUGAAGACUGGUCCUUCAUGAUAGACGAAGAACGCUCUAGUAUGAUCCCCACCAUGGCAGCUGGGCUGAACUCCAUUCUUUUUGCAAUCAACAUCGAUAACAACGAUUUAAAUGGGCAAAACAAAUGCCCGCCCACCGUAUCCGACCUCCUCAAAGAAUCCACGCAGAAUGUCACCUCCAUGUUGAAGGAAUCUACCCAGGGGGUUAGCAGCCUUCUCAGGGAAAUCACAGCCUCUUCUCCUGUUUCCAUUUUGAUCAAAUCUGACCAAGAUGCCGACCCAUUGCCAGUUCUGUCGAAGAGCGUUAGUGGUGAUCUAAAAUGCAGGAAAGAGCGAAUGGCAAAGAAAAAGAAGAAAGUCACAAACAUCAUUUCGUUUGACGACGAACAGAACUUGGGGGACAUCUUAAGGGCCACGGCUGCAGAGGAUUGCUCCGAAGAGAACCUGGGCAGGUCUCCUGCCUUCGUCGUUGCGCCUCCCUUGGAAGCCCUGUUGGCGAAGCGGCAUGGGAGCCAGAGGGUGCCUUUGCUGAAAAACGACUCCAGAUAUCUCAAUGGGGACAGCUCCUUCCAGAAGCUGGAUGUGAAAAGCAUCGAUGACGAAGACGUGGAUGAAAAUGAGGAGGGCUUUAGCAAAACGCUAGGACACCACAACGUGGCGGAGGACACAGACUCUGGCGGAAGACCGUCUGAGGGUGUCGUGAGCAGUUCGCUGGAUUGUUCUUGGUCUCCUCUCCAAGUCCUGAACACCGAUUCUGAUGUGUUGUUCCCGGUCGGUGCCGUAGGCCCGUUCUCCCAGAAUGUUAACCUGGAGAAUGGUGAUGGGCACGAAAGUGCUGAUUUUGUGGAAGAAUUGGCUCCGGAAAAUGCCGAUCCGCACUACAGGAUAGAAGCUAGUCCCCCUGCCCAAGAGAACACUUUAAAUGAUCUCCUGCCGUCUGCUACUAUGCCAGAAUCCAUGACAGUUGUUGAACUUCGGCAAGCCAUUGUGGCCAUGAUGAACCGGAAGCAUGAACUGGAAGAGCAGAGCCGGUCUCUGAGGAACCUCCUUGAUGGAGAGAUGGAACAUUCUGCAGGGCUACGUCAAGAAAUGGACAACCUGAAAAAGAAAGUUUCAGAACAGGAGGAGCGCUACACUGUGAAGAUCCAGGCCUUGGCAAGAGAAAACGAGGUGCUUAAGGUGCAGCUAAAGAAAUAUGUCGGAGCUGUCCAAAUGCUGAAACGGGAAGGUCAGACUCUGGAAGGAUUGCCAAAUCUUUGGAAUGUGGAGAGUGAACUUACCAUUCCUGAGCAAAAGCAAGUGGAAAAUAAUGAGGAAUUGGCAAACUCCUAUGAAAGAAAGCUGAUUGAGGUGGCGGAAAUGCAUGGCGAGCUGAUCGAGUUCAAUGAAAGACUUCACCGUGCUUUGAUGGCCAAGGAAGCUCUCGUCUCUCAGAUGAGACAGGAACUCAUCGACUUGAGAGGACCGGUCCCUGGAGAUCUGAGCCAAACAUCGGAAGACCAGAGUUUGUCGGAUUUUGAAAUAUCAAAUCGAGCUCUCAUAAAUGUCUGGAUCCCCUCAGUCUUUCUCCGUGGAAAAGCGGCAAAUGCAUUCCAUGUUUAUCAAGUAUACAUCAGGAUAAGAGAUGACGAGUGGAAUGUUUACCGAAGAUAUACAGAAUUCAGAAGCCUGCACCACAAACUACAGACAAAAUACCACCAAGUGAGGAGUUUCAACUUCCCACCAAAGAAGGCCAUUGGGAACAAGGAUGCAAAGUUUGUAGAGGAGCGACGGAAGCAGCUACAGAAUUACUUGAGAAAUGUGAUGAACAAGGUCAUCCAGACGCUGCCCGAAUUCUCUGCCAACCCUAAAAAAGAGACUCUCAUCCAACUGAUGCCCUUUUUUCUUGACUUCCAACCAACGGGGGAACCUGCAGGCAGAAGUAAUCGCCCACGAGGAACGAACCGAUUCCCACGGCUGUCUCGGAGCCAUCAAAGAGAGCCACGGAAUCCGGAACCUCAAAGCGGUGACCUUUGACUUUGCGGAUAAUUGUGACCACUAGCACCGUUGACAUGAAUUGACUGAAAUUGUUUUCUACAAUACCACUGAAGGAGAAGCCAGACUCACCUGUAUUUGCGUAGAAUUGCUUCUUCCACGUCUAUGUCCUUCCAUGUAAUCGAUUCUUCUCUGCAUUCCACUGCUAGGACGUAUUUAUCAGUUAUUCCAUAAUAAUUUGCUGACAUAAAUGUACUCCUGUGAAUACUGAAUGAUCUAAAAUGGUAAAACCAGAUGACUCUAAGUGCAAUGAAAUGACAACAGAACACUCUUAACAGGCCUGCAAUAGAGGAUUUUCAGUUUGUUGAGCUUUGAGCAUAGGAAAUAUAUUAAUUCUGAAAUAGUGUAUGUAUAUAUGGUAGUUGCUUCUAUAAACUAAUGGUAUUAUUUUAACCCAUGUUAUGUUUAUAUAAUUUUAAAUCCUAUGUAUAUAUAAUUUUCUAAAACACUUUCUUGUAUUAAUAUUUCUUUUGGGGGGGGGACACUCCUGUGGUAAUUUUGUUAAAAUCUGGUUAAAAUAUGCUAGUUUGCAACUGAGGAAAUAAACAAAAUUUUGUAUGUUUAAGCAAGA